AUGGGUUCUCGGGAGAGCAAGGCAAGCAGUCAGAGAACGGCACCACCCGUCUCGGAGAAGGUUAUGAUCACUUCAUCGGAUAGGGUUCAACUUGAGCUAAAGUUACAGCGUGACAAGCUAGCGGCAGCGAUAAGAAAAUACGAAAGUAGUGCAAAAGAAGAGAGAACAAAGGCUAGUGAGUUCCUUCGUUCUGGUAAUCGUCGUAAGGCGCUGUAUUGUCUGAAACGGGAACAGGCCCAGCGGUCACAGGUUACAACUGUCACAGACAUGCUAAAUAAUGUUCAAAGUCUCCUUGAUACCGUUGAAUUUAGUCAAAUUGAAAUGGAGGUUUUUCAUGCUUUAAAAACUGGUAAAGAUGAGCUCUCGAAAUUGAAUUCCAUGUUAAACGUAGAUGAUAUUGCUGAGCUUAUGGAUGGUACAGCGGAGACAAUAGAGGAAGCACGUCGUAUUGAUGCUCUUUUGGCCCAACCUCUUGAUGGAUUUGAUGAAGAUGCCCUUAUCAAUGAAUUGAUGUCUGAAGAUCCAAUUGUUCAUCCUGAAAGUGAACCCGGGUUGAAACAUGUUGUUGUUCCGGCCCAUGAUCUUCCCCUAACUGAAAAGCAAGAAAACCAUGUCUCUAAUAAUAGAUUGGAUGAAGCAAUGCUGCCAGCGUAG